AUGUCACUGGAAACAAUCUACGUUGGUAUUGACGUUGGCUUGACUCACACAGGAGUCGCUUUCUCGACCAGAGACAUGGACACUCCGCUUGACGUGGAUCGGUGGCCGGGAAACAAGGAGGUCGCCAAAAAGGUGCCGACCAAACUCUGGUAUCGAGCAGGUUGCAUGAAACCUGUGUCAUGGGGAUUUGAUGAGCCAGAGGAACUGCAUCGUGGAAUGGAUGUGAUAGACUGUUUCAAAUUGUAUCUGGAUCCUGACUUUCACACUGAUGGGCUUGAGAACAGCCCCGAAGUCUUCUGGACGAAUGAAGACGUCCAACUGUGGUUUGUCGACUUUUUGACGGCUCUACGACAAUACAUCAUUAAAUAUAUAAGAAACGCAGAAGUGUUCGCUAAUGAUGUGAUGGGCGAUUGGAAGUUACACCCCGUGGAAUACCUCUUCAGUUUCCCUACAACUUGGCAAAAUUCGAAGGUCGUUGAGACAUUCAGCAGAACUGUGACAAGGGCGGGGUUUGGUGAAUGCGCUGCCCACUCGGUGGAGAUUAAAUUAUCUGAAGCAGCUGCCGCCGCUGUUUAUUCAGCAAAAAAUUUCAAAAAUCAACGUUCGAUCCAAAGUCCGAAAGGAAGAAGGGAACUGGCGAUUGGAAAUGAGGAGCGCAUUCGAAAGGGUGAUGUCAUUCUCAUUUGCGAUGCUGGAGGAGGGACAACUGACGUAUCCGUUCUCAAAGUCCUCUCCACCCAAAAAUUUGAAAUUCGCGAAGGUCAUACUGAGGAGGUGCUUGAGUUGGAACAACUUGACUUCGUCAAUGGAAGGCCAAUUGGCUCCGUCCGGAUCGACCAGGCCUUCCAAAGGCUAAUUGAAACCCGUUUAAAAUGUAUCGAUUACAACAGCGAAAACGUUAGUUGGUCUUUGAAGUAUGCAGCGCGAGAUUUGACCAAAGGUAGCUUUCAGACCAUCAAGGAAAAUUUUGGUUACCAGAUAGAAUCUGUUUUAAAUAAAAUCGCCCCUUACGUACCAGGCCUUCCAAGGGCUUAUCACAAUCCCGAAGAAGGGUUCGAAAAUGGAAGAAUAAUACUAACAGGGGAUGAUAUCCGAAAGUUGUUCGAUGAACAGAUCUGUCGCAUUUUUUCGAUGAUUGACGAGCAGCUUCGACGUAUUCGAGAACUCUCACCGUCUGAAAAAGUGACCCAUUUUGUCCUUUCCGGGGGCCUCGGAUCCUCUCCCUAUGUUCAGGAUUGCUUCAAAAGGGAAUACGGUUAUGGGAAGGCAGCGAAACGGAUUUUAAUAUCAGAAGACCCUCAAUUAGCAGUCUGUAGAGGUCUGGUAAUUGACCGGAUUCACCGCCUGCGAUACGGACACUCCAUCAUAUCAAGUCGCAGGAGUUGUCACUCGUACGGCAUAGUUUUCAACAACAGACUCAGUCAAAACAAACGUUCUCCACGCCAAAGCGAGGGCAUAAAAAUCAGCCCAUAUGAUCGGAAAAGAUAUGCCGUGAACCAGAUCGAAUGGCUUAUCAAACGGGACCAGCUUAUCCACCAGCGCCAAUACAUAAGCCAGAAGUUCAACCGCGUCUUUGAUAACAACAGUUCUGAGAUAUCCUGGAAAGAUUUGAUAGCCAUGUCCCAGUCCCCUGCAACCCGCCUUCCGCAGACCAGCAACGAGGGUGAUGCUCGCAUCAUCUGCGAAAUCGACUCAAGAGUGAGCCGGGAACUGCUUAGGCAACACCCAAAGCCUGUUAAAGUGCAGAAAUGGUGGGGUUCCAAGCGAAAUCCGGAGUUUUUAAAAAUUCAGUACGAGGUGCGUUUGGUCAUUGGGUCAUCGCACUUGAAGUUUGAAGUUUGGUUUGAGGAUAUGGUGAUUGGAGAGAGUGACGAAGUUCCAGUGAAUUGGCAGUAUACAAGCAUUGAUGAGGCUAUAAGCCUAGAUUCCCAGGCUUCGUGGCCCGUGGAUUGGUCAAACUGUGGACAUGCAGGAGGGACAAAGGAUAAAUGA